AUGUUAUCACAUGAUACACUUCAUUCAAAACAAGUUAUUAAAAUACAAGAUUUAAUAAAACAUUAUGAUUCAUUAUUCGCAAGUGGACAUGAACCUGAAACACAUGUUAUUGUUAAUAGUGUUCAAAUUGAAGAUGAUAAAUGGGAACGUCUUUCACGACAAAUUGAUCAAUCACUUUUGGAUAUUUAUUCCACACAAUUAACACUAUUUGAUGUUGUCUCAUCAGCUGCAUUACGAUCAAUUGAUCCAUUUGUUAUUGCUUUUCGAGCAUUAAGUUUAUUUGAUCGAUUAUUUUUUCAUCAUGGUUCAUUUAUAUAUCUAUCUGAUUUAUUUCCAUCAUCACAACAUUUAUCAAAUUUAUAUGAUGAAUAUUUUUGUACAUGGUUUGAUGAAGAUGGUGUAAUAAUAUCCUUAAUAAGUUAUAAUUUAUGUAAAUCUAGUAUAUUACUUGAACAAAGAACAAAAGAAUAUAAUGAAUUAUAUAUACAUUUAAUUGAACGUAAUUAUAAAUUAAUAACUAAAACUCAUGCAUAUGCAUCAUGUUUAUUCGUGAAGUUGAUUUAA